GCACACACAGUCCCCGGGCUUUGCACCCGGCGGUUGACCGUCCGACUCGACCGGGACCCGACGGGCAGCAUCGCGCGGCACGCCGCCACCACCACCAUCACCACCGUCACCGCCACUGCAGCCGCCGCCGCCACUCGUAACAGCGUUACGAGCUUGGUUAAAAGAAAGCUAUAAGAUUAUGUGAAGAGCAAAACAACUUUCUUCGAUAAGGCAAUAAGAACCGUAUUCGACUGGAAAAUUUGAACUUGCAGCUAAAGGAAUGUUUGAAGAAUGGCUGAGCCGAUGCCGCCAAUCCCGCCAACUCGUUUUAGUUAUAGUGGCAAUUGCAUUGCUCCUGGAUAAUAUGCUCCUCACUGUGGUAGUGCCGAUCAUGCCGGAAUUCCUUUAUGACAUUCAACACCCCGAUCAUCCUCUCAGUGUGACUAUACCGCCCGCCCCCACCAAUGAGUUACCCGUUCCACACGGUGACAUGUCCGGCCCCACAGGUAACGAAACGCAAUGGAAGGAAAAUGAAGCUACUCUCAAAAAGGAAAGACACGACGAUUUGGUUCACGAGACGGUUGCUGUGGGAAUCAUGUUUGCUUCCAAGGCCGUAGUGCAGCUUAUGGUAAACCCUAUCGUCGGACCUCUUACGCACAGGAUUGGCUACAGCAUCCCGAUGUUCGCUGGAUUUUUCAUUAUGUUUAUAUCCACAUUAAUAUUUGCUUUCGGGCGGAGCUAUUCGGUGUUGUUUUUGGCUAGAGCCCUUCAAGGGGUUGGAUCAUCUUGUUCGUCAGUCUCUGGAAUGGGCAUGCUAGCCGAACGUUACCCAGACGACCAGGAACGUGGAAACGCAAUGGGGAUCGCAUUGGGUGGUUUGGCUCUUGGCGUGUUGAUCGGUCCGCCGUUUGGAGGUUUUAUGUACGAAUAUGUGGGCAAAACCGCUCCAUUUUUAAUACUCUCGGCUCUGGCACUAGGCGAUGGAAUGUUACAACUUUUGCUUCUUCAACCCGGGGUGGUGAAAACUGAGGGAGAUCCUCCAUCAUUGAAAUCGCUGGUGAUGGAUCCUUACAUAAUCAUAGCGGCCGGUGCCAUAACAUUCGCCAACACUGGAAUUUCUAUGCUCGAACCGUCCCUGCCCAUAUGGAUGAUGGACACCAUGGGAGCUGGUAGAUUGAAGCAAGGAGUAACGUUUUUACCAGCCAGCAUCUCUUAUUUGAUCGGCACGAACUUGUUUGGACCUCUUGGACACCGCAUGGGAAGAUGGCUGGCCGCGAUGAUUGGAUUGGUUGUAAUUGGCAUAUGCUUGAUGAUAAUACCGACUGCGAGAGCGCUUAACGACUUGAUUGUACCGAACGCUGGACUUGGCUUUGCUAUUGGAAUGGUGGAUUCGUCGAUGAUGCCUGAACUUGGAUACUUGGUUGAUAUACGUCACUCGGCAGUGUACGGCAGCGUUUAUGCCAUUGGCGACGUCGCUUUCUGUCUUGGAUUUGCCAUAGGCCCGGCACUGAGUGGAACAUUGGUGAACACAAUCGGAUUUGAAUGGAUGUUGUUCGGUAUCGCCAUAAUCAACUUCAUGUACGCGCCUUUGCUGUACAUACUCCGCAGUCCGCCGACAAAGGAGGAAAAAAAAUCGUUGGUUACGGGUGAAAAAUCAUCUGUCCGCUACAUAUCCUAUCAAAGCGAGAACGACGACGAAUAAAUAAUCAACAGCUUCGAGAUUAAAUUAACGCUUGAACAAAACUACCACGCUUAAUUUCAUUCAAUCAAAGAUGAUCUAUUGAACAUCAUCUAAAAAAUAUAUAUAUAUAUAAUACCCAAUACAUCAUUAUUUAUAGUUGCCUACUAUGGACGUGAAGAGAACGAGUACUGAUUCAAAAGUGCCACAAUCAAUAAUUCGAAAAAUUAAACAUACCGGUGGUCUAAAAAUUGUUUGUACGCCUAUUUAAAACGACAUCCAAAAUGAUGCACGUGUUUAUCAGGAUAAAGUUUAACUCAUAACAACUUAACCGUGUAAACAGGUUUUGGUAAUAUAAGUAUAUGAUAAUACUCCAUGCGCUUAAACAGAUAAUAAUAAUUAUAAUACCACAUAUUAUACGAGCUACUUAAUAUACAAGAGUUACUUUGUAUUAUUAUUAUAUUAUAUUACAUUAUAUACAACAUAUUACUAUGCAAUACAACUAUUAUAUCCCGUGCAUUUGUUGUUUAGACAAAUAUUAUUAUUAUUAUUAUGUUAUAUUGUUAACGACGAAAUAUUAAACAAUCAUUAUUGCGAUAUUAUUAUUAUAUAAAAACG